AUGGAAAAAGAGUAUUCUUAUUUGGAUGAUACCUUAUCAACAAAAUACCGGUGGAUCCAAGAUUCUCGGGACUCAAUAAAUCAUCCGAGUAUGGAAGAAAUAUCAGUGCAAGAUUAUGUUUUUUUGGAUUAUCAACAUAAUUCUCCAAAAAUGAAAAAAAUCCAUCAAUUAGCAAAGUUAUUGGAUGAUACACAAGUGUCAACAAAAACAAUAAAAAAAGAGACAGCAUUGAAGACAACACAUACUUUUUUGACACCAGAAUCAGACAGAAAGCUUGAGAAGACACAUUUUUCACCACAUGUUCAACGAUCAGCGUCGUUUUCCAAUGGCCAACUUAAAACAGUUCCAUCUUUUGAUAAACAUAUGGAUUCUUAUUUAUAUGAAAAGAAGUUAUCAUCUCCAAAAUCGUUAAAUAGGGUCCCUGUAUCAAAGGUGCAAAAUGAUCAAUCUUUUUUGGAACCGUCAUUACUUAACCAGGAAUCUUCCGGUGUUUCAAAUUCUACUGAUCCAAGUUCUUCUUCGGUUCUUUUUUCGAAAAAAGAUUAUCAAGAAGUAUCUUCUCAAUCUUUACCCAAAAAAUCUCCCAAUCAAAGUGAAACAUCUUCCAGUUUUUCUUGGAGUUCUGAAACAGUUAAAGAGUAUCUAGGCGAAAUAUUGAAACAAAUAUAUCCAGAUAAAAAGGAAAAUAUUAAACCUCAACAUAAAUCAAACCAUUAUAAACAGUUUUCGAAUCCAAACAUAAAUACAAUCCAUGAAAAUACUGCUCUUUUAGGAAAUAUAGUUGAUGAGAAAAGUUAUAUUUCUAAGAAAUCUGAAAGUAUAUUAGAUCUUAUGAAGGAAAAAUUAUUUUUAGAUACGCCUGCCCCCAACCUUUAUAUAGAUGUUGAAAACAAUUCUACUUUAAAAGUAAAAGAUCAGUCUGAACUUUUUUCUAAUGAAAAGACACCUGUUUCUUCAAAUUUAAUAGGUCGUGAUAAUUCUCAUAUUUUGAAUUCAUUUGUUGACACACAUAACCAUCCUUCAAAUAAAAGUGUUUCAUAUAAAGACUUACCAUCUGAUACUUCAAACAAAUCACAUAUUGACGAAAAAAAAUAUACAGAAGCAGAAUUUAAACGUGUAAAUUUAGAUAAUACUGAUACUAAUCAGAAAAAUCAAAAUAUUGAGAUUCAAUGUACAUAUGAAGAUCAUAAUAAACAUAAAGAGGAUAUUAUUGAUAUCCAAAAUUCUCUUAAACAACUAAUAAGUGAAUAUGACCGUAGAGGGCAUAUGUUAGAUAAAUUAAUUCAUGAGUUUUCUGUUUUAAAAUCAGAAAAUAGAAAUCAAAAUAAUGAAAAUGCGUUGAAAAUAUCUUUUGAUGAAACUAAAAAACAUGCUAUUUUUGUUGAAAAAGAUCUUGAUGCUGCUAGAUUAGAAAUUGCUGAUUUAAAAACUAUUUGUCAUGAUUUAAUUGAAGUAUUAAAAAUAAAGCCACAAAGUAUUCAGAAAUAUUAUCCAUCUACACCAAAAAUAGGAAACGAUGAAUCAUUGAAGGAAAAAAUGACUCGUUGGAAAACAUAUCUUUCUCCUCAAUUUUCUCCAGUUCAAAGUACAAAACAUUUCAGUUUUCCUCAGAAUAUGAAUGUUUAUGAUAAAAAAGAACCAUUGCAUGAUUUAAACAUUCCAGUAAAUACACAAAGUCCUCAACAAAGUGUUCCAUCGGUUUUAGAUAAACAAAAGGAAAUGACUCCUCAAGAGUUUUCUACAAAGCAAAUAUAUGAAGGCAAUAACCAAAUUUCAUCCCAUGAAGAGAUUUAUAAUCUUAAAAUACAACUUGAGAAAGCAAAACAAGAAAUUGAAAGAUUAAAAUCAAAUAUUCCUGAUGCAUCACAUGAACAUCAUACAAAACCAAUUACUCCACAAGAUAUGCCAGAUGCUCAUAAAUCAUUGUCUAAAGCAGAAAAAAUUUAUUAUCGUUUACAACUUCAUAAAAUAGAUAAACUUUGUUCUAAUGAAACAUCCAAUCUUUUGAAAAAUAUUCUUGUUCAACUUAAUAUACCAUUUGAUUUACUUCCUGAAACUAUUACAAGUAUUAGAUAUCAGCUUCAGCAAGGUCUACGGCUUAGAGAAUUCGCAGAAGAAGUUCACUUAAGCUUAUAUGAGGGCGAACCAAUGGAUCCCAAACUUGCAAGCAAAAAGUGUUUAGGCGAUAUGAUUACAAAAGUAGAUCAACUUGCAAGAUCAUCGCGAAGACGAAGAAUACGGCGUAGUAUAAUUUAA